AUGGCUCGAGUUUCCUCAUCAAUCCAUUCGGUCUUCUCUACGGGGAAUACACUGCCAGCAGCCUUAUCAAAGUUGGCGCCGGAUGGAUCCGUCAAGCAUCAAAGUGUUACGAACGGCUUAUUUGGUAUCAAUGACGCGGGCUUCGUGAUUCACGGCGCGAUCCUUCGCACUCGACCGGACAUUCAAAGCGUCAUGCACUGCCACUACCCCUCGGCUGUGGUCGUCUCGUCUCUCAAUCAGGGCUUCCUUGAGCUCCCCCAGACAAAUCACCAAGUUAGACCGAUCGCGUAUCAUGGCUCUCAAGGUGUAGUCGUCGAUCGCAAUAAGUAG